AUGGUAGGAAGCUGGUGGGAUGAGUUCUCAAACAAUCUGGCUACAGAUUUAGCGCCUCUCAUCUCCCUCUUUGGUGAAGCGCCGACGAAACAAUAUCUAAGCGAAUGCUUGACCAAGACGGACAUCUUCAUCUUUUCGAUGGCACCUCUAGGUAUUAUCACAACAAUAGUAUCGGCAAUCCGGGUCUGCGGGACACCGUCUCUGAGGGCAUUCAUCGGGCGAGCCCAGGAGGGAGCUGGCAAUGCUGAAGCCGAACUUUGCUCCUCUACCAGUCGAGAUGUCUGUGAGCUUUAUAACAAUGGAGGCAUCGCCCGCGUUUUUGGACGGCCCAAACUCCUGGAAAUCGUACAUGAUCGGAAUGCAACAAUUGAAGACUUUUAUUCGUAUAAUCCUAAUUCUCAGGCCACGGCUGGAAUUUACCCGUUCAAGGACUAUCUCAAGAAAGAUAACCAAGAGUGGAGGGAAGUGGGCAAACGCCCAAGCGAUGAAGAAAACAAGUCUGCUCGGGAUGACACACACUUUGCAAUAAAUCCGAAUCUUUCCCUAAACGUAGGGAUAAAACAAGGCUCAAGGCAUUGGUUUACUGCCGCUGCUAUAUUUGGUGGUCUGCUGCAAUCAAGUGUCCUCGUAUGGGCUACAAUUGCUAGGUACAAAUUCAAUGACGUGAAACGAGACUUACAAGAUAACUAUGCCAUUCCACUUGCUGUUAUUGGUACCUUUCUCUUAUGCCUUGGAACGGGACUUUGCGCUCACUUGAUUGAGAGCAGCACUAAGGAACGGGUCUUCGAAAGGAGUCCAAAAACAGAUGGAGACGGCGAUACAGCUGCUUCCCAGGUGUACUGGGUCCAACCCGGUACACAGUUCGUUGGGGAUCAAGCCUUUGACUCAUUCGCAUACACGCACAAAAAGGGAGAAUUCACACGAUAUAUCACUUCUUGGAAGAUAGGGAGGAAUGGAAAUAACGGACCUUGGAUAUGGUGUGCUAUAACAAGCACAUCCAUUGGUUUUGUGCUGCAGUUCCUUGGACUCAGGGCAUGUCAUUCGUCUGUCGCAGUGGCCCAACUCGGAGCGACGAUACUGAUGAGUGUGGUGCGUUCAACUCUACGCGCGAGUCGAUUACGCGAAGAGGAUAUUUAUUUAGCACAUAAACCUGAUUUGUACAAGACCCACGAGCUUGACUGGUUUGCUCUAAAUAUUGGAACUGAACUUGGGCCAAACCCCCUCGACUCCGAGUCUAAGCAAAUAUGGACAGUCGUAUCAGGCCCAUAUCACACAGCAAAAAGCUUUCAAAAAGCAUGGCGCUUACCCAAAUAUACCCCCCCAAUACAAGGACAGUUACUUAAAAAUGAGAACCUGAUCUUUGUAAAGAUGUUUGUGGAACACGCUGGAAGUUGCAUUUUAUCUGGCUUUCGAGUAGACGUUGAUGAUCCUACAAUACCGGGCAAUGAAGCAUAUAAACUCCAGCUCCCUGAAGAUUGGUGGGACCCUCAUUUUAAAAUGGAUGUGGGAUGGAAAUCUUACGUCAAGUGUGCCCCGUCUAGAUGGCGUGCUGCGGUUCAGUCAAAACAAUCUGCGGCUGAAUCAUUGCCGAUGGAACCAUGUGUUAGGGCUUUCAUGUACAGGGCUCGGCUUGCCCGUCUGACCGAUAGCUGGGAAGAUAAACUUGUCAGUGUUCGAAGCACUGCACAGAUAUUGACAAAGGCCAUUGAGUCCACGAUGCAGAUCUUUCUUACCUCCGACACUGAUUUCAAGAAAGGGUGGGACUCAGCCUUUACUAUAUUUUGGGCCGUUCACUCCACGCUUGAAGGAGCGGAUCUUACUGGUGGAGACAUUUACCUAUCACUUAGCCGCGAAAUUGAUACAGAUGGACAACCUACUGGUAAAUGGCACGCCGAUGAAUCCGAACUGGAGGCUGUUCUAGGUUUAUGGCUGUGGUCGCUCCGAGAUAUGAGAAAUACGUCACGGGUACACCUAAGACGUAUAAUUUCCCCAGCACCAGAUUCCACCAUGGAUAAAUAUACCACCACUGAUUUUUAUCUUUGGCGCGAGAAUGGGGGCUUUAAGAUUGACGAGAGAAAAAUUAAACUGAAUGGACAGACAGGUCUACUAUUUGGUCGACAUAACAUCCCUGUUAGAGACUGUACCAAUCUCACAGUUCUAGAAGUGGCAGCUGAUACUACAUCAUUACAAAUGAUGUGUGCUCAAGAGAUCUAUGCCUUAUUCUUUUCCUCAAUAACACAUACUAUCGAAAACCUUGGUGGUAAAACAGAGUUUCAAAAGAGCAAGGGACUGAAUUACGUGAAUGAAAAUGUCACAAAGCUGCUAAGAGCUUUUACCGAAAGUGGCCUAGGAUCCACCGUGGAUGCUUUUACCUGUGUCAUUCCAGCGUUAAUAAUUCAAAGGAAACUUCUUCCGGCUUUCGAGCCAUAUCUUGUUGGCAGAGAUGAGUCAGAUACUUUUAUCUGUGAAAAGAAUUGGAGAGAAGCUGAAACAUUACUAUUACGGCCAUUGAUAGAUGCUGAAAGAUUACUAUUAUGGGUUGUGCCAAAUAGCCAACAGUCACAACUAGGCUCAAAUCCGGAGGAAGGUCCAGUAAAAUCAACAGAAGUCCUCAACCAUUACAGUCUCCUGGUAUUGUCCUUGUGUGAAUGCUACCGCAAGGCCCUAUAUGAUGGGGAGAUCGAGUUUAGUUUGGGUGGUAUCACCAAGAUUUUAUACCAAUCUAAUCUCAGUCAACAAAAGCAGAUAUCGUUAUUUGGGACUAACUGUUCGUAUAUGGGGGGAAAUUCAUCCAACAACCGUGAUAAAAAACGGUUUAAAAGACGAUCUCGAUACACACUUGCCGAUGCGGUUCACUGCUACGCAAAGGCUUUCAUACGCCUCGCUCGUUUUAAAGGCCGUUUGAACCCCGAGGCUUUCGAAGAAUCAAUUAUCAAUUUACAAAAAGUCUUAAUCGAUCGAAAUGCAAUUUCCAAACCAGACUACCUUCUUGAAAACCUCCUUGACAAUGAGAGAAUCUGGGGACAAUACUUCGGAGAUACGCUCUUACAGGAGACUCGGAAGGGCAAUCUAGAAUACACUUUGUUCCUGUUGAACGAGGAGUCAAGUUUGGAUGAUGGGUCAUCUGGGGGUGAGACUCUGGUUCUUGCCGCACAACAAGGUUGGUAUCCUGUCGUUAAAACCUUGAUAGAGUACGGGGCAUGCUUGGAAUGGAAAGAUGAAACGUGUCGCAAUGCGGUAUCAUACGCUGCAGAGAAUGGGGAUAUCAACUCGUUGAACUGCCUUUUGGCGAAAGGAGCACUUCCAGAUGUCGCGGACUCAUCUCAAUGUAGUCCCUUAUUCUAUGCAGCAAGUUACGGACAUAUUGACAUCAUAAAACGCCUUCUACUUGAUAAACGGGUUGAUCCCAAUGCGAAAGGAAGCUCUGGCAAAACACCAUUAUCAAUUGCGGCAGAACAUGGCCAUGAAAUGGCUGUUGACCUACUUCUAUCCAUUCCAACAAUAGAUGCAGAGCACCAGGAUGACUUCCAAAGGACGCCUCUAUCACUUGCUGCAGAAAAUGGACAUGUCGAUAUAAUUCGUUUACUAAGAGCUAGACAGCGAUAUCUUACGCAGCUGAAAAAGGCCAUGGAGAUAUCGUAA